UCUCUCUGUUAGUAUUAAACAAGUGUGGAGCUAUAAGCUGUGAAGUGUGCCUGUCAUACGACUUACCUUUUUAAACACUGAACUCUAAUCUACAUAUGAGUAAAAAGAGAACUAAUCAAGCACAUUCUGGAAUUGCACUGCAGAUCAAACUGUGGAGGACUUUUCUCACAUUUUGGCACAUUCAAAUACUAAAGAAAGACCUUACUUGACGGAAUAACUCGUUUUGCAUAGAAAAUAUGGCAAAGAUAUUAUUACAUCUGGUGCAUUUGUUAUUAUUUUGUAAUUCCGGUAUCCGGGAAGUUUUAUCAGUGGAGCCAUCCGACAUCACGCAGCAGGACAGCGAUAUCGAACGGUCUACGGAUCACACUUUCAAGCGCAAGAGCGCACCGCGGGACAUGGUCUCAAUCAAUAUGUUCAAACUCUAUGAAAAGUACAGUAAGGAGCCCCACCGCCAUCGAGACGGAAAUACCGUUAAAAGUUUUAAGGCUAUUCCAGGAGUCUCCACAAACAAUGUGUGGUUCCAUUUCAACCUGUCAACCAUCCAGGAGUCGGAGGUCAUCCUGUCCGCCACAUUCCACUUCCUCGACCAGCGUCCCCGCCACCGGCCCUGGAUCUGCCGGCGCUCCCAAAAUGCUUCCUGUCACAUCCAGCACCUCCAGCAGCUUUCCCCAUCCCAGCUCCUCUUCCGAGGAACGUCCCCGAACUCUGUCUUUGCCUCCACGCUGGGCAACGUCACCCUGCCCCCUCCCAGGAGAGGGUCCUGGCAGACAAGGGAAGUCUCUGCUAUAGUCAAAGAGGCCCACGUCCUGGGAGAGCUCCUCAUCUCUGCAGAGUUUGACUUUGGGGUUAGGGUCCAGAGGAACCAGGAGCGCCUCUCUCCAGCCAGCCUACCAUAUGUCCUGGUGUACGCCAACGACAUGUCCAUAUCUGAGCCCAACAGCGUGGCCAUGACCUUGCAGAGGUAUGGGCCUUUCCCUUCAGGCGAGGAGCCCACCCGGUCACCCAAUGCAUCUCCUCCAGCCUCCAGGCUGAAAAGAGAAGCAGUGUCCCCCCUGGAUCAAAUACAGAACAAUGACCUGCCUGAAGUCCAGUUUCACACCCUGAAGAACCAUGAACUAUGGGAGAGCACUUAUUUUGCUCCCAAGAUUAAGCCCUCAAGGAAAGAUGGGCGAAAGCAGGGCCAGGACAGCAGUGAGGGGUUGAAUAAGCCCCAGGUGCUGAGCUUUGAUGAGAGGACCAUGAAAAAGGCUCGCAGGAGACAGUGGAGUGAGCCCAGGGUCUGCGCCCGACGCUACCUGAGAGUGGACUUUGCAGACAUCGGCUGGAGCGAGUGGGUGUUAGCCCCGAAAGCAUUUGAUUCCUACUACUGUGCAGGAACCUGCGGAUUUCCUAUUCCUAAGGUUGUCCGGCCCUCUAACCAUGCCACCAUCCAGAGUAUUGUGAGGGCGGUGGGAAUCGUUCCCGGCAUUCCGGAGCCCUGCUGUGUUCCGGACAGGAUGAGCUCUCUGAUUGUUCUCUUCCUGGACCCCAGCGGGAACAUGGUGCUGAAGGUUUACCCCAACAUGUCUGUGGAGACCUGCGCCUGCCGGUAGAACCACUCGGAAAGAGCCUCAAUGCAUAAUGCAUAAGACAGAGUACAAUGAAUCAGACAGAGUGGAGCAGGAGAGACAUUCAGUCAAUACAGUAAAAAAGAAAGACAUCUUUGGAUGAGACUACAAUGGAUGAACUCACCAUGGAAGGAGAUAUGGAUUAUAGAUAAGGGUUUCGGGUGGUGAGAUGCAGAGAACGCUAUGUCUGACACUCAGAUGAGUGUGAUUCACACAUACGUUUCUUUGUCAUUCAGCAGCUCAGCUGUAGGUGAAUUGGGGACUGUAUAACUAACUGUCAGUUCCAAGCCUUCAGCCAUCCAGAGCUGGCUCUUGAUCUACACCCAAACUCCAGAGUAACUCAAAUACUGGACCCUAUUGCCAUGUACUGCACUUAGACUAUUGGACUCAAGUGGGCUUUAGAUAUGAUAAGUCUUCAUACGGCACCAGAAUCAAAAGCGCAACCUCUGUAAAUAAUAAUGUAACUAAUACAACUAAAUUGGACUUUUUUGUAAAUAAUUGAUGGAAUCUUAAACUAUGCUUUGCCUGUAGUUUAUGCAGUGUUCACUAGUUGUUUGAAUUAAUCUGCCAAGAUAAAUGGUUAAUGCAUGAGAGAUUGUACUAUUUUAAUAAAUAAUUCCAUAUCGUUUUCUGACUGUAUGCAUACUGUGGUCAUCUUAUAGGUACUCACUGUGGAAUAUCAAAUGUAAUGUUUGCAUUAGUUUGAAUUAGUGAUCCGCUGUCAUCAUUUUCAAAGAAAAGGGAGAUACGCAGCACAUUGCUGCCACCUGCUGUUUUGAAAUAGAAAACAGUAAAAAAAAAAAAAGCCAUUUAAAGAUGUGGACCUGAGAUUUAUUGUUUUGAUGUUUUUGCUGAAAAGGUCAUGAGAGCUUAAUUUCUGGUUACUUAUAGAUCACUAGUGCACAAUUAUUACAUCUAACAUUUUCAGCAUCAUACUCUAUGUACAGUUGAUUAAUGUCAAACUACCACAAAAGUGUUGAGAAUGUUGUGGUAUGUAACUUCUAUUCUCCCAUUUAUUGAAUUGUGAAUUGUGAAUAUAUCAUUUUUUAGGAUUUGUCAGUUUUUUAUCGUUUGUGCUUAAAUUGCCCAAAUAUUGCUUAGAUUGACUGUAAACUUAAAUGGAAAUAAACUGAAUAGAACAUAAAGUAGUAUGUAUAAUGAAAAACAU